AUGAGCAGUUCUGGGAAAUGGAAUUGGAGAGGACUGCGUGCACGUGAGGGCCUGAGACGUGGUACCAACAGAGACUUGGAAAGAACAUCCUCAUCUCAUCUGGUAGUGGACUCAGCCGAUACGUUGGUGGCCGAUGACAAGGAACAACAGAAGCUAAACCAGCGAGCUGCCAGGUUUUCUAAGCCUGAUCCAACCAUGGGUAGAGGUCGCCUGGAGUAUGGAUUUGUCAGUAGAGGCGAAGAUAACCGGCUUCAGAAAAGCCGUGUAGAGCGAGAAGCGUACUUGGCCACUAUAAUCGAGAAGUUUGUGAGUUACUGCGAGAGUUCUUCCACCUUAUCCUUGAGCAAACAACUACGUGAAUUCGUGGAUCAGGAACCAAGCACGCCACAAAAAGACCCCAAACUAGAAACUUCUGUCACCAUAGACUCGAUCCUUUUGUCCUUGAGGAAAUUGAGAGAAGCACUUUUGAAUUCCAAGCCAGAUGCGUUCUCUGUCAAGGUGUUUCUCUUCUCAGUGAGAAUAUCGGCUUCGAUUGGCUACUACCAGACGUACGUGCCGUCGAUAAACUACCUUCUUGGGCAAGACACUAUCAAGCUUCUCUCACCAAACGAAGUCGAAGAAUCAGCCUCGCUCCUAGUGCUUCACCUAUCACACUUCAACAAUCACCACACAAGGGCUGUGGAGACGUAUAUGCGAUAUUUCAAGAAAAAUGAACAGCCCGAGCUUCUAAAGGUGAUAAUGAGCUACUACUCCAAAAGCUACUUCACAUGGUGUAAGUUAUACAACUCCGAGACUGACAAUGCCCGAUCUAAAAUAAUGCGGUUCGGUCUCACAGCCAUGGUGGAGGCCACAAUUGCAGCCAUACAAAAGUCAUACUUCACACUCGAUAAGCGGUUUUUGAACGAAGAGGUUCUUCCCAAUGGUGUUGGAGUAGAUGCCUUGAUCGAUUCAGAGCAGGUUCUGUGGCGUGUGGAUGGUACUAAUGUGAUUAUCAAAGAGCGAGCCCAGCGAGCGUAG